AACAGACAAAGAAAGUUGCUUGUAAUGCAAACGGUUUUCAGGCAAAGAUGAAGUUCACUUGUAGAAAUAACGACUUUCGUUAGGUUCUGCUUUGUUUUUCCUAACGGUGACAGCCAUGGAGCUGGUGUGGGAUGAUGACACGCCUCCUGACGGUCCUUUCUUCACCAGAGACCUCUAUGACAAACAUUCACUCGCACCACAUAUCAGAGAACUUUGGGCCUUUCUUCAAAGUCCUGCAGGGAACACUGACGUAAAUCAAGAGUGUGAGGAGUCUGCGGAAGAUCGCAGUGCUCCUUCCCGAAAAAAUGCUGCAAAGUUAAAAGGCAGCCAAGCGUCCGGCUGGGAGAGCUGUGACAGUGAUGGCAAAGAUUCUGAGGAACCAAAAAAGAGCAAGAGUGAGAGAACAUCCUGUAAAAAGACUGAGACUGAGAUAUAUGUUGCUUAUCCUGAACCCAGGCUUCCCUAUCCCUGCUUAUCCAGCCUGUCUACCAAAGAUCAGAAAACCUAUGUAGGUUAUUUGAUGAGCAUGAAGAGCCGGGGUCUUCCAAAGAACUUAAUAUUGCGAAUAAACAAUGAAGUUGUACAGUUCACGAAGUACCUGCAGGAUGUUGCUAAAAUAUGUGCUGAUGACUACAACUUCAUAACACAAGGAGCUAUGCAGUAUACAGAGGAGUUUUUUACAGCGUGUUUAGAGACUGUGAAGACACUUCCUCAGUUCUACCAGAUCGAUGAAGUGACCAGUUUGACAGGAGGAACGUUUAAUCCAGGGCUGACACUGACAUUUGAGAAGCAGCUGCUGACAAUGGGCACUGUGAAUAUCACCGACCACAAGAUGGUGCCUGCUGAUGCACAGCUUGCAUCCGAUUAUCACAGUGUUUCAUCAGCGAAUCCUCCAGCUAAGAAAGCCAAGGACAAGCAUGCUAGGAUCAGCAGUGACGGAAAUACAGAAAAACUGUGCGCUUAUUAUGAACCUCAUGUCUGUCUGACUCGAGAUGCCUUGGUAAGGCUGCUGGACAACCACGGCCCAGACUUUGGGGACCAAUGGGAACUGCCUGUUGUGGUAAAAAUAACACCAGGAGAAGGCAGCAGUAAAAGGAAGACUGUAUACAUAGACUCACCUCUCCUGAAGCGUGAAGUUACAAUAAGAGAGAGAAGUCACAUUUAUUAUGAAGAAAGUCUGAAGCUCUCCAUCAUGACAAAUGGAAGUAAAAAAGUCUUCCAUCUAAUGACCGAGCAGCAGCUUUCACAGGAGGCCUCCGUGAGAGGUUGUGUGUCUGUCGAAAACAAAGGCCUUGACUUUGAGGUGGACCUGACUGACCUGGAGACUUUUGGAGAAACUACGACUAAAACGCCACAGAUAAAAAAAACACAGAGUCAGCAGGAUGACGAAGUUCAAAGUAGUGGAUCUUCAAGAACCCCGGUUGUGACCAAGCCAAAAAAUUCCAAUAAAACACUCAAAGUUAGCAGCUUUCCACAGGGAGGAAUUAACUCUGCUUCUAAAAACAAAAAAAAUACCAGAACAGAAACAAGUCAGCUGAUAGUGAGUGAGCCUGAGUUACAAAAGACUGAAUCGUCUGGCUCUGACCAAAAAUGUGAUAAAGUCCAAGGUUUUAUGGCAGAUUCAGAUGAUGAGAAGCUGAUCAUUGAUGAGACUGGUUCUUCAGUAGUAUUGCCCACAAAUCAGUCAGAACGCUUGACUACAACAUGCUCUCCAGACUCCUCAGUUACAGCUUCCAUUCAGUCCACCCCUGCAAAUACAGUCUCCUCUCCGCCUUCUAAGCGUACAAGGUCUAAACAAACCACCAGACAAACAAAAGCACCCGAGGAUCAACUAGGGGAGAUCCUGCGCAUGCAAACAGCCAUGUUCAAGGCCGGCAGUGAACCAGCUCCUGCCGUUAAGUCCCCAAGCCGCUGUGUUGGGCCCCAGCUCAACCCUCAUACAACGUCCCUGGUUAAACCGUGUGUGUCGUCAUAUUUAGAAAGACACCAGAACGAGGAUGCAGAGAGCCGUGUUGUUCUUCCUGAAUCUUCAUUUGUUAACAUCAGUCCUAAAGAGCGCAAAAAAAUACUUUCAGAAAACCUUCAGGCUUGUGCAGAAGAUGAACAAGACUAUGAAGCUCCAGUGGAGGGGAAUCUGCUUUACAAGCUUUACAGCCUGCAAGACCUCCUGGUGAUGGUGCGCAGCUCUGUAUCUCUGACCCAUACAAGAAAAGUAGGCAACAACCAGAACCAGCAUGUACCAGUUCAUGUUUUACCCAAGUUGGAGUACCAGCUUUCUUACGGUGUUGAAUGUCUAACGAACAGCGAGGCAUGCCAGCUGUGGACGGAGACGUUGCUUCACUCCAGCACAGUGCCUUACAUUGCUCACAUCAAUGCACACACAUCAAAAGUUGCUCUGCUGAGGAAGUUGCCUGAUGAUUGGAUGCAGAACAUCUCCUGUGGGUUCAAGCCUUCUAAGUCUCUGAAUAUUCUGCACCACCUACUGAAAAAGCUAACUGGGUUGGAUGAAGGUCAGUACUUGAUCGUGCACAAAACUGGAGAGGCGUUUGUCACUCUGCUGAAAGCAGGAGGUGAAAAAGUGAGUCGAGGAGCUUACAACCUGCAGCAGAACCACAGCUCUGUUCCUCAGCCACCAAAGUUGAGUAUUGUGCCUUGGAUACCUGUUGAUCCGGCUGUGGUCCUUCCUUUCCACCAGCAACACGGCCGAGUUCCCUGUACUUUUCCUCCAAAUACCUUUCAAAAGGUAGCAAAAGAUGGAAAUUACAACCUCAGAGGUGGGCAGAAGAAAAACCCAAAUGUCCAGAAGAACAAACAAACAAAACGUUCAGCCAGACGUAAAAAAUACAUUAAAAAGCUUGUUGAGAAGUCUGUUUAAAACCCAAGUCCUUCUAUUUCAUGGUCAGGUUAGUCUGGACCAGUGUUACUGCUUUAGGCUUUUUAACAAUGAUGGCAAUACCAGAAGACCUUUGUUGUAUUUUAAAUAAAUCUAUUACAUUUGUUGACAUGUUUUAUGUACUUUGUUUAAAACUAAUGUUUUGUAAAACCAAAAUCAAAAUAAACACGAAUGUCCAUUCUGCACGA